AUGGAUAAGGUAAACCAAACCACAGUGACAAAAUUUAUUUUCCUGGGAUUCUCAGGCUCUCCCUCUGUGCAGCUCAUUCUUUUUGUGAUGUUCCUCACUGUGUACCUGCUCUCCCUCAUGGGAAACACGCUCAUCAUCUUCAUCGUUCUCAUGGACUCUACGCUCCAGAAACCCAUGUACAUCUUCUUAGGGAAUCUCUCCUUCUUAGAGAUCUGGUACACCACAGUGACAGUGCCUAAGUUGCUGGUCACCUGCCUCUCCAAAGGUGUCACCAUCUCUGUGCAUGGAUGUAUUGCUCAGUUCUACUUCUUCUUCUCUUUGGGAGCUACAGAGUGCAUCGUGCUAGCUGUGAUGGCCUAUGAUCGGUACAUAGCGAUUUGCAGCCCUCUGCGCUACUCACUUCUCAUGAAUGUUCAGAUCUGUCUGAAGUUUUCAGCUGGGUCCUGGAUUGCGGGUUUCAUUGCUCCUAUUUUCCCCACCAUACUCAUCUCUCGCCUAAGAUUUUGUGGUCCCCAGAAGAUCAACCAUUUCUUCUGUGACUCAGACCCCAUUUUCAAACUCUCCUGCUCAGAUACCUUCUUUUCUGAAGCCCUGAGUUACACAAUUAGCUCUGCUGUGAUUCUAAGUUCUUUCCUUCUUACUGUCUCCUCUUAUGGCAAUAUUGUGGCCACAGUAGUCAGGCUGUCGUCCCGAGAAGCUCGGAAGAAAACUUUCUCCACCUUUGCCUCCCACCUCUCUGUAGUCUCCAUCUACUAUGGCACCAUUACCUUUGCCUACGUCCGGCCUCCGGCCAAGUACAACUUCACCAUUGGUAAAGUGGUCUCCGUGUUCUACUGUGUGGUCACCCCCCUGGUAAAUCCUCUCAUAUACACCCUGAGGAACCAGGAGGUGAAGAAAGCUUUCAGGAAAUUUUUAGUACAAAAGGCAUUUUUCUUCACUGGAGUGAUUGAGAAGUUUUAUGUUACAUGUGAAUUUGAAUAA